AUGUCACUCAAGUUGAAGGCAAAGGAGCGCCUUUUUUGGGCGAUCAGACAGGUCGUCCUCCCUUUUGGCCGUAUUAUACUUUUGGUUGAUCACCGAACUAUACGUAUCGUUUCGGCAUGUUGCUCUAUCAGUGAGCUUAUUGACGAAGGUGUUGACCUUGUGGAGCUGAUAUCCAAGAGACGACAGCCUAUGAAAAACAAAGUUGCACUCUACCUGCUCAGCGAUGACUUCGCCUCAAUCAAUUACUUAAUCGAGGACUUCUCGGCUGGUCACGAGCUAUAUAAGUCAGCUUUUAUCAUGUUUAACUGCCAUUUAUCGGAUGAUCGAGCUCUACGGAAAAUUGCAGAACAUGUGGAUGUGGAACGUAUACUUGCGUGCGUGGAACUCCACCUCAACUUCGUAGCUUACGAGGAUCGUGUAUUUCACGGUAACAUGGGGUUUACUUUACUUAGUCUAUAUCCAACCCACAGUGGUAAGAUUGUUUACUCCAUCGCUUCCAGCCUUGCCUCUCUAUGUUCCACGCUUGGAGCAUCACCUCAAAUCAGGUACCACAACUGCCCAAGCGGAUUACCACAGCUAGUUGCCAACAGUACUGAAGCAUUGAUCAAGGAUACAGCGGUGGAUGAUACACGCAAAACGGACGAUAUAUUAUUAGUGGUAGACCGAUCUUUUGAUGCUGUUCCACUGCACAUACACGAGUACACUUACCAGGCGUUCGUUUACGACGUGAUGCGCAUACCUUGCUGUACUGAUCCACUAGCACAGCGUUCUGAUGAUGUGUGGGAAUUUGAGUAUGUUGCCAAUUCGGGUAAGCGUGAGAAACGCGAGGCACUGCUUUCAUGCGAGAAGGAUGUAUUAUGGCAGCGAUUCAGGCACAUGCACAUUCAGAAAGUCAACGAAUUGGUGUCUGAGGAGGUUGAAAAGUUUGCGGGCCACGCUGCAGUGGGAGCGCAUCAUCAAGCAAACACUACUCGCGACAUAUUACACGCCGUGCGCGAGUUACCCAAAACACAGUAUAUGGUUGAAAAGUAUUGGGCACAUGUAGCCCUUACUGAACGCUCCUUCGAGCAGAUAGAGAAUAUACAUCUGGUAAAGAUUGGUGAACUUGAACAGUCGUUAGCGACCAACGCCGACAGGAGUGGUAACAAAUUGAGCCGCACCAAGGCUUUACAACAACUCAAAACGCUUCUCGGUGACGUGGAGAUAACCUGUGAGGUGAAAAUGAGGCUAAUAUUCUUGUAUGUUGCUGUAUACAGGAACGUCAACGAAACGCACAUAAACGAACUGAUUGACAUCGCAAGCCUGUCUAUGAACGACGUCAAUAUAGUACAUCAUUUCGUGGAAUUGGGUCUGGGCCCAGCAGCAGUGGAACAUGUAGGGUCUGCUUCGCCCCGGAGUGCUGCUUUAUCUGGCAAGAUCACCCACAAGAAUAAUGAGAAGGGCGACGCCUACGUAUAUUACAAGAAGCACGCCGAGGGUGGAGAAUACGAGCUGUCUCGUUUUAUGCCGGAAAUUCGACACAUUAUAGGACGCAUCCUUGCAGGAACACUCGAUGAACAAAGGUUCCCAAGUUUGAGUACGGCAAGCUCGCAAACGCCGUUACGAGGACGAACGCCCAUAAAGCCUAAAGGGCGGGUAAUAAUCUACGUACUAGGUGGUAUAACGUUCUCUGAAAUGCGAAUAAUGUACGACAUGGCUUCAAGAACUGGUGCUGAUGUAUACUUGGGAGGCGACUCCAUCAUAGUGCCCAGCGGCCUCAUUGAGGACAUGAGACAUGCGUUCUCUGCCGUAGAGAAGACCUAA